AUCCUGAAUCUCACACUGGAGAUUAUCUAUCUGCUGACUGGAGAGGGCUACGUCAUCCCUAAGAAGAAGAGCCCAACUGUGGGUUUGGGGGCCCUGCAUGCCCCUGGCUCCGUCAUACAGAAGGAAAAUGACAAGAAGAUCCUGGAACUCAUCUCCAACAUCAUCCAGCUGCUGACUGGAGAGGUUGCCAUAAGGUGUGAGGAUGUUUCCAUCUAUUUUUCCUUGGAGGAGUGGGAGUAUAUAAAGGGAAACAAGGCCCUUUACAGGGAAGGGAUAAAGGAGGAGGAGGAGCUCCAGCAGGUCCGCCCACUGGACGGUGAAUAUGAAGAUAAGAGAGAGAUUCCAGCUGAUCUGGGAGGAACAUUAUGUUAUAAUAAUGAGCCAAGCAAGAUUGGGGCUGAAGGAGCAGAUUUUUGUGCCGACAGAAAACCCUCAAACCCUGAAAUUUCUCCAGUGGAACAGCCCCCACUAGCCAAUGGGAUUAAAGAGGAGGCGGCUUCAUGGGAAGGGGGAAACCAAUCAGAUUGCAGCAUUAAUCCCCUUGCAGAACAGAUACAGGGAACAGACACACCUACUCCUAUCAUGGGGUGCAGCCUGAAUAACAGCUCGAAAGAGAAUUAUGUAUCGAAUGGUAUUAAAGAGGAACCGCCUUCAUGUGAAUGUAAUUAUAUAAUGAGAUGUAAGCAACAUUUUAGCUCUUUGUCAGAUAAUUCUAUAUCAAAUUCUAAUAAAGACGAGGCUGCCUCAUGGGAAAGAGGAAAUGAUGCAGAAAACAGCAAUAGUUCUUUGCCCAAAUGGACAGAAGGAACAGAUACAAACACUAAUAUCAUGGAAUGCAGCCUAAACUACUUGUCUGGAGAAAAGAGCAGUAAAUACAGCAAUGAUAAAGCAACACAUAAAUCUCAGCUGAAAAAGUUCAAGUGUACUAGCAACGAGUGUCAUUUUGCUUUUGCCAAUAGGAGGGACCUCGUUAGGCAUGAAAGAACUCACACAGGGGAGAAACCAUUUCCUUGUCCUGUAUGUGGGAAAUGUUUUGCCCGUCGCACAGAUCUCAAUGUCCACAAGAGAGUUCACACAGGGGAGAAACCAUUUAUUUGUUCUGAGUGUGGGAGGUGCUUCACACACCGCGCAAACCUCGCCGCGCAUGUAAAAACGCACACGGAUCUGAAACCGUUUUCCUGUGACGAGUGCGGGAAAAGUUUUAAACGGCGUUCGCACCUUAUUGGACACCAGCGAACUCACACGGGGGAGAAACCGUUUUCUUGCUCUGAAUGUGGGAAGAAGUUUACAAACCGCUCCAACUUCACCGCACAUCGCAGUACUCACACAGAGGGGAAACCAUUCAGCUGCUCCGACUGUGGAAAGAGUUUUAAAUAUCGAGCCGACUUUAAAGUCCAUCAGAGGCUUCACUUGGGGGAGAAACCAUUUUUAUGCUCUGAAUGCGGCAAAUCUUUUACUCGUCGCUCGCACCUCAACGUGCACAGUAAAAUUCACACAGGGGAGAAACCCUUUGCCUGCCCCGACUGUGGCAAAUGCUUCACACAGCGCUCAGACAUGAACAUCCAUCGAAGGACUCACACUGGAGAGAGACCUUUUGCUUGUUCUGAAUGUGGGAAACGGUUCUCCCAGUGUUCGUACCUCAAUAUACAUCGCAGAAUUCACACGGGAGAGAGACCCUUCUCCUGUAAUGACUGCGGGAAGAGUUUUAUACAGCGCACACACCUAAACGUGCACUGCAAAAUUCAUCUGUGAUGUAAAAAAGAAGUGGCAACUAUGCUAGGAUUUGAUUGGGCAGAGUAACUGCCCCAAACUGACAGUUGCUUUGUGAGAAGAAAAGGUAGGGGAAAAAAUAGCCGAAUAGCCAAAAAAAUAGAGUGGUAUGAAUGGGUUAACUAUAAUCUCGGUAGAAAAACUGAUCACAAAUGAAAAUUGCAAUGUUUCAUUCAGUUUCAGUGAGGCUGUAAAAUCUCACCUGUCUUAAAGGGGGCAUAUCCUGUAACCCCACUAGCCCCGCCCAUCUGUUCCACUUCUUGCUGCCUCCUUUCCCAGGCUGUGCAGGGGGGCCGGUGGCACUGUAGGAUAGGUGCCAAUCAGCAGCUAGGCUGACCUGAUAGGGAACUGAACCCUGUCUGCAGGGCUGGGAUUUGCUAUCUGGUUGCUAGGGUUCAAAUUACCUUAGCAGCCAGGGAGUGGUUUAAAUGGGGGACUGGUUUAUGAAUA